AGCUGUAACUGCCAACUCCCGGCGCAGCGGCUUGGCUCGGGCUCUGCGCUGGAGACAGGUUUGUGCAGAUCUGAGAGAGUUAUCAGGUGCGGUGUCCAUGAGAGGAACUGAUUGCCCACCGACCCCGUCCACACUCGCACCAAGUCACACCUUAGCAUGGACUCCUCCCCGCAACACAGCACAGACACUGCCGUUUCCGAUCAGACAGAUGGCCUCGGCCCCGACCAGGGACAGGAGGAGAAAGUCAUCAUCCUAAAGGCGGGAGUGCCGGGGUUCAGCUUCAGGAAGCUAUGGUUGUUCACAGGCCCGGGAUUCCUGAUGAGUAUUGCGUACCUGGAUCCCGGGAACAUCGAGGCAGACCUGCAGUCAGGAGCUGCAGCCGGCUACCAGCUGCUGUGGGUUCUGCUCUGGUCUACGGUCCUGGGACUGUUGUUACAGAGACUGUCGGCUCGGCUGGGGGUGGUAACCGGCCUACACCUGGCUGAGGUGUGUUACCUGUACUACAGCAAGGUGCCGCGGUUGUUGCUGUGGAUGCUGAUGGAGAUCGCCAUCAUAGGCUCGGACAUGCAGGAGGUGAUCGGCACAGCCAUCGCCAUCAAUCUGCUGAGCAACCAAUGGGUUCCCUUGUGGGGUGGAGUCCUCAUCACCAUUGGGGACACUCUGGGCUUUCUAUUCCUGGACAAAUAUG